GUGUGCGUGUAGUUCCGCAAAAAUAAAAUUGCCUAGAUUUUCCGAGAAACUAGCGGAAAAAGUGUAUUGCAUGUGCGAUUGGUGUUGAUCGAGGGCUUCUUCUGUCUACUGCGGUACUGAACAGGGUAAAUCGCUGCCGCCAGCGCCACCGUCGUGAUCAGUCGCGAGUGUGCAUUCAAGUUAGCCGGACGUGACUGUCCAGAAGUAGCAGCCAGCAACAGCAGCAGAUCAUCUAUUCUUCGCGUUCCAGCAGUGUGCGAAGAAUCAUUGUCCACGCAGUGGGUGCAAAAUUUCUCGCUAGUGUGGUAGCAUCAGUGCCAGAACAUAUCUAUAUCUUAUUCUGAAACCGGAAACUGAUGAAGUCAGAAGUUUACCCCCAGUGUUAGUUCUAGGCAAAAAGUAUCAGUGUACCUACAUAACUGUGUUCCUUGUAUUUUCCGACUGGAAAGAAUUUAGUUUUUUUUUGCAUUACUUGCUAGCUAUACGCACUACCUAGCAGCAUAUAUUGGUGCAUCUAGAACAAGUUGUGUUUAUUUUUAUCACAAGUCGUCAACCCGGAGCGGUGCGCUCGGGAAACAGGUCUCAGUUAAUAAAAGUAUCAUCGUAAUCGACGGUGAUCGAGCAUAGAAAUGGUUAUCUCGAAGAUAUGCUGCAUCGGUGCUGGAUACGUGGGGGGUCCCACGUGUAGCGUGAUGGCACUCAACUGUCCCGAUAUCAAGAUCACUGUCGUUGAUCGCAGUGCGGAACGGAUCGCGCAGUGGAAUUCCGACAAACUGCCAAUAUAUGAGCCCGGACUCGAUGAAGUCGUCAAGGAAUGCCGAAACCGGAACCUGUUCUUCUCAACCGACAUCGAAUCGGCCAUCCAGGAAGCAGAACUAAUCUUCAUCUCGGUCAACACACCCACCAAAACGUACGGCAGUGGACGCGGUCGGGCGGCCGAUCUCAAGUACGUCGAGGGAUGUGCCCGUAUGAUCGCAGAGAUGUCUCAAAAUAGUAAAAUCGUUGUCGAGAAAAGUACGGUGCCAGUGCGCGCAGCGGAAAGUAUUAUGCACAUUUUGAAGGCCAACCAUAAACCAGGCGUAAAAUAUGAUAUUCUAUCGAAUCCUGAAUUUUUAGCCGAAGGAACGGCCAUCGAAGAUUUGCACAAACCAGAUCGAGUGUUGAUUGGUGGAGAAGAGACUCCCGAAGGAAAGGCUGCGAUCGAGAAACUCUGCUGGGUAUACGAACACUGGAUUCCGAAGAAGAACAUUUUGACCACCAAUACGUGGAGCUCUGAGUUGUCGAAGCUAGCUGCGAACGCUUUCCUCGCUCAAAGGAUAUCUUCCAUCAAUUCACUAUCGGCCGUGUGCGAAGCUACCGGAGCCGAUGUUUCCGAGGUUGCCCGUGCUGUUGGUCUCGAUUCGAGAAUCGGCCCCAAAUUCCUGCAAGCAUCCGUUGGAUUUGGCGGCAGUUGCUUCCAAAAGGACAUCCUUAAUCUAGUGUACAUUUGCGAGGGCCUGAAUCUCCCUGAAGUUGCUGCCUACUGGCAGCAGGUGAUCGAUAUGAACGAAUAUCAGAAAAAUCGAUUCUCGCAAAAAAUCAUCGAAUGCCUGUUCAACACAGUUACCGACAAGCGGAUAUCGAUUCUAGGAUUCGCAUUUAAGAAAAAUACCGGUGACACUCGGGAAACUCCAGCCAUCACAGUAUGUAAGACACUGCUUGACGAAGGUGCCCAGCUGAAUAUCUACGACCCGAAAGUGGAACCAGAGCAAAUCAUAGCUGACUUGACGCAUCCCAAAAUAACCGAAAGUCCCGGACACGUCAAAAAGGUGGUUCAAAUUUUCUCCGAUCCCUAUGACGCAGUGCGUGGCACCCAUGCUAUCGUGAUCUGUACCGAAUGGGAUGAUUUUAUUAAUCUCAACUACGAGCGCAUUUACCAGUCGAUGAUGAAGCCGGCCUACAUCUUCGACGGUCGCAAGAUUCUCGCGCACGAAAAACUCCAGCAGAUCGGCUUCCACGUACAGACCAUCGGCAAGAAGCUGAAUCGCAACAUUCAGACCCGGUCUUGGGGAAGCAUUCCACAGCUAUAGACGCAGGUACCGGCAUCUACCAACUGACCAGGUAAACGAACCAUACACAUACAUCUCAUCAGCAUUACUAUUGUAGGUAGUAGAUUUCUUGCGAGUUUAAAUAGAUGACACUAGUAAAACAUGUGAACAUAAGUCCUUUACCUAUUUAUAAACACCCAGAACAAGCUAUUUAAGCGAAACGAAGUAUUACGAUUAAGGCCGGAAAAGUUUGUAAACAUUUUCCCAUUUGCGAUAUUUCACACGUGGUUCAGAUAGGUUCGUAACAAACUUGCCCCGGAGGUUCGUAUAUCAUAAGAAACGUUGCGUACGAAAUAAUAGCAAUACAAAAAAAGAUAUGAAACAUGUUUUCUUCACAGGGUAAAUUACGUCUUCGUUAGUUACUAUUCUUAUUAGAAGAUAUCAUUUGACCAACAUCGGUAGCUUGAUUAAUUUAUUUACUCCCUGAAAGUAAUUGGUACAGGAACUAUUGAAGACGAGAAAUACCCGAGAUCCAUUGAAGCACAAUUUAUGUUAAGAACAUUGCUGCAAUAUCAAAAGAGCACGUUACGUGUAGGUUUUCUAUUGAUCAUAGAGUUAUUAUAUUGCCUAGUAUAUUUUCCUAUGUAUUUCAUUCGUACGUAUGUGACAAUGGCGCAGUCGAAUCAAUUUUAUUUGUUAGAAUCUAGAAGAAGAAGUUGAUACAAAAUAUUUCCCUCGAACGGUCUUAAACUCUCACUCUGCGCCAAUGGUA